AUGUCAAAUAAGAGAAAGAGAUAUACACCCCGAAAAAAUGAAGUUGAUUUUGAACAAUUUGAAUAUGAAGAGUCUGAUUAUUUUUUACCUACCACUAAAUAUAAAAUUAAAAAAGAUAUUGUCAAUACGGAAACAAUUUUAGAUACCGGUAUAAGAUUAGGUGAAACUUUUUACAACACCGCUUGUGAAGAUUUAGCCAAAGGAUUAUUAGGAAAAAUUCUUGUUCGUCAGCUAGACGGUUAUAUCCUAAAAGGUCGAAUAGUGGAAACAGAAUGUUAUUUAGGAGGAGAAGAUAAAGCAUCUCAUUCUUAUCAUGGAAAAGUGACUGCUCGAAAUGAGCCAAUGUUUAUGAAACCAGGAACUAUAUACAUCUACUUAACUUAUGGAAUGUAUGCUUUGUUUAAUAUUUCAAGCAGAGGUGAGGGAGCAGCAGUUUUACUUAGGGCUUUAGAGCCAUUACAGGGUCAAGAAGAAAUGCAAAAAUUUAGAAAUAAUCCUCGUCCUGAUAAACCGCAAAAACAAACUACAAAAGUUUUUAAAUCUCAUGAAUUGUGUAACGGACCGGCUAAACUCUGCAUAAGUCUUCAAAUUGAUAAAACAUUAAACAAAAAAGAUUUAUCUAAAUCUGAUGAACUUUGGAUUGAAGAUGGAAUAUCUGUACCGGAACAUAAAAUAGUAACUGCUCACAGAAUCGGAGUCGAAUCAGCAGGCCUGGAAUGGUCAUCUAAACUACUUAGAUAUUAUAUAAUUGAUAACAAGUCAGUUAGUAAAAGAGAUAAGCGCCAAGAAAUAAAGCAUAGAGAAAUUUCAGAUUUUGUCGAAGUCUGCUGA